AUGUCCCUAGACAGCGAACGAGACCAGCCUUUUUUAGUCGAGCGCCCUGAAAUGCCAGUGUCGCCGUUGGACACCGGCGAGCAUAAGCAUGGGCACGAAUAUGAGUAUGGUAGUACUUCGGGGCCUAAACAGUCCUCUGCAAGACCCGCAGAGGAAGUAGGAGGAGAAUUAGGGCUCGGGAUCAUUUCCCGCCGGCCUCGAAGCCACUCAACGACACCACCCUCGUCGGAGAAAAUCGUCCCCGACUCAGGUUUCCGCUCGAUCUCUCCCGGUCCUCGACGGCCAUCUCUCUCUCGCUUUGCUGACUCUCCCACCGCCGUACCCCUGCACUUCCGCCCUCCGCCUUCAUCACCAAGGCUCCAGCGCUCACCCUCUGUGACUUCUCCUCCAGGCGCCUCACCUGUAUCUCCUAGCCAACAGGGGCGUCGAAGCCGGCCCAACUCGCUUGAAUUCAAGAACUCGCGUGAAAUUCGUCCACUAUUCCUCGUGGAGCGCCUUGGCUCAAGCAAGAUUGACCAAGGACAGUUUGGCGAUGAGGCAUUGCCUUCGCUGCCGAGCAGUAAGAGCGCUUCGACGGAGGAUCUUACGGCUUUGAGAGAUGAGAAUACUUGGGAGGUGCAGCCGGUCUCAAUCGAGCAGCAUCAUGAUAUCCUGGGCUCGCAGCAGAAUACGCCGACUGGCGCGACCUUCGGCUCUGGAAUACCGCGUCAUCUUUCGAGGAAGGAAGAGCUUGGUUACGAGUUCCAUUCUCCGUCGGAAUUGUUACGGGAUGCGGAGCUAAGCUCGUACCCUGAUUUGCCGGAGUCCUUAAAGGAGGACGUGGCUCUCCCUUCAGCUCAGGGGUCAGUCGUUGGCGUGGAGACGGAUCUUGAAAAUCUACCCCCUCUCCCAGAUUCGAGACCUUCUAGUCCGGACGACAAGGAUGAUUUCGUCUCUGUUUCUGAUGCGCAGAUGGUCACGCCCACGCAGGGGGCGGAGACGGCAAAAGGACUCGCUUCGGCAGAAAGAGAUAUCCCGGGUCUUGAUCUGUAUAACGGUACCGAAUCCAUGGGGUCCGUUGAUGCGGCUAUGGCUGCUUCAUCUGCUUCAACACCAUAUCCUGAUACAAAGCUACUCGCUGAUUCCAAACGCGAGAGUCUUGAAGCUGAAGUCGAAGGCCAAGAUGAUGACGCCCGAACAGUCACCGGCAACGAUGUGCCUACCCUUGCAGACUUAACCCCGUCACACUCCCCCAGAACCGUGACAGAACGCGAUUACAUCCACCCGACACCUUGGGGCUUCGCCUCCAUCGUAGGCGCCACAAUGGCUGCUACCGCCAAUGUGGACAAUGCCGUACAAGGGGAAUUCUCCAUGACCACACCCAGCGAGACAAAUAAGCCUGCUGAGUCCGUCGCUGAUACCACGGAGGAUGAGUUCUUUGAUGCGAUGAGUCGGGAUGAGGCUGAUCAUAAUGUGGAGGAGAAGGGAUGGGAGACGGAUCUCCCAUCCGGAAUAGAGACGCUACGACGUGUAGAGUCUGGCCUCUAUGAGCCUUUCGCUGCAAGAGAUGUCUCUGUGACGGAGUCUGAGAAUGUUGAGAAGGACAGUGUGCUGGACGCUGAAACUGAGCUUGAACAUGAGCCACAGCUGAAACGGGAAAUUGAACCGGAAGUUGAGACUGUCGAAGCCCACGAAUCAGAGCCAACAACUGAGUCUGUGCAAAAAGAACCAGACGCACCGUCUUCGGAAGAGAACAAGGAAACGAAGGAAAGCGGAAAGAGCCUCGAUUCGAGUAACCACAAUGAGGAGAAUUUGCUUGACACUGCCGCCAACACAGCGGCACCUGAGUUCACACCUUCACGCGCGGAUGCUGAUGCCAAUGUUCUGUCCGCACAAGCACCUAUCACUGCCAUUGAUCAACCAGCUGAGGAAGUGCACACAUCUAUUCUUGCACCAGAAACUUCUGUUAUUGAAGAAACUGAGCCUUCUCUUGAACAUAUCACAAAUCCUGAGGCUUAUGCUGUUGGAGGGGACGAUUCUUUUCAGGUCGAAGAAACGCCCGGCCCAAUCACUGAGCAAAUAUCUCCACAGGAGAAAGAGCCGAGUUCCAUGGAAGCUACCCCAGAAAUCGUUCCUAAGAGGAUUGAAUUAACCGAAGCCCAGGAACCCGCUUCGACUCAGGCAGAGGUGAAUCAAGAGGUUCUCACAGAGACUGGACUCUCCAAGAAAGCCAAGAAGAAAAAGAAGAAGGCGGCCAAGUCCAUUGAACGGAGUCAAGACGCUGCUGUCGAGUCAGCCACCGCUUUAGAUCAGACUUUGAAGGACACGCAGGAGUCUAUCGUGGACAAAGAACCAGGCGCUCUCGAAACAGGAGCCGUGGUCGUCUCUGAAGAUAAGCCAGUUGAAGAGCCAGCUGUGUUAACGGAAGAUGUUUCUUCUGGGCGUGGAGUUGCUGACCUCUCUGAGCCUGUCGAAACCGGGUCCGUAGCAGAACAGCCAGCUGAAGUCCUGCAGCGGCGCACCCCAGACCUAGAAGAGCAAAACAGAUACCCUACCGCUGACGGUGCGGUUCGUCCCAUUGAAGCUGAAGCUGAGACUGCCCACGAGUCCAACGAGCCGAAACAAGAAGAGAAAGAUGAGCUCCCGCAGCCACAGACAGAGGAUAUCCCGCUCUCUCGUAAAGCCAGUAAGAAGAAGAAGAAAAAUAAGCGCAAGAGCACUGCUGAAGCAGAACCUCUGCCUGAAGCAGCUAGUGCAUCUUUGCCUGAAACGUCAGAGCAAGCUGGGCUUGGUCCUGAAGCAUCUGUCUUAGGCGAUGAAAAGUCCAAUUCAGAAGCGCAGGAAGUGAAUUUCCGCGACGACAUCGACAUCUUAACGGAUGCCGUUGAGGGCGAAAGGGGGCCCAAUCCUAAGCCCGAAACAAAGCCCAAAGACGCUACCACCCCACUCGAAACAAGCGGUCAAGUACCACCGCCCGACGACAACAAACAAGUACCCGAAGCAGGUACCGAACAACAGGCAACCGACGCCCAAGCCGUCGAUACUCAGGUGGCGAUUAAAGACGAAACAGUUCCAAGUCACCUAGUGGAGAUUUCAGAAACCAAUGACGGCCAACCACAUGUGCCUGAAAAAGCGACUAUCGAGCUCGACGCUGGGGGGCCCGCGUCAACUGGGAAGAAGAGCAAGAAGAAGAACAAAAAGAAGCAGGGCGUAUCUUCAGUAUUCGAAGAGGCCUUGUCCUCCGAAGUUGCUGGUGCCCCCGGAACCGAUUUUCAAGACCCAACACCGGUCAUAGAAAGCUCCCCUGAUGUCGUUGUUGAGACUGACGAGCUUGUUGGUUCUGAAGGAAUUCCAGUAGUAGCAACUCAAGAUCCUGUUGAGGAGACGUCGCGCGACGUAGAGCUUCCGGCCGAAGCCGAUGGUGCUCUCCCCGAAGACCUGGCUGACUUCGAGGCUGCCCCAGUGACAGAUGUUCAGAGAAAGGCUGAGAAGAAGCGCCAAUCCCUUGCGCCUGAUGUGCCGGAACCAGAGACGCAAACCUGCGAGUUUGAUACGGAGAAAAAGUUGCUUGAUGUCCCUGCCCAGGAUGAUCAGCAGACACCCGAGACCCCCGAACCAGAGGUUGAGCAGACGGAUGCGAUAACGCCAGCUCUGGAGAGCCCGGUAGAUGAGAUUAAAGAACUUCCUGUGCAAGCCGAUGAGCAAGUCGCAGAAAAGGAUGGUGAGCAGAUUGACGACGAAGCACCCGCAAUUCAUGUCCCCACUGUGGUGGGCGAGCCAAUAACUACAGAGGCCGUUGAGCCCGAACUAGAACUUUCACAGGACAGAGCUACGGACCUCGCCAUUGAGGGACUCGACACAACCAAGGCACAGUCGACUCUAGAAUUGCAAGAGGAUAAGACUGCCGAGAAAGAGACCCCUGAUGUGGCAGAGCAGCCAACUGAACCUGCUCGUCAGGACGCUUCGCCACUUGAGGGCAAUACAACAGUGACUGAGCCGACAGAAGACAAUCAACCUACAACUUCGAAAAACGCCAAGAAGAAGAAAAAGAAGAAGCGACAGUCUGUUUCUUGUGAUGAGAAUGGAGCUGAGGCUUCGCCUAGGGCUACCUCCGCGAAGGAGGAAGACAUCUCAGAAAACUCCGCGGAACGUGCACAUCUGUCUAGCCAAGAUGCACCUAUUGAGCCCGCACUGAAAACAGCAGCUGAACAGGGCGAACCGAAAGAAAUUCAAACCGAAGCAGCUGCCACAAGGGACGAAGUAAAGGAAGCUGAGAAACUUGAAGGAUUUUCAGCCCCUGCUGAGGUUACCCCUGAAACUCCAGUUCAGCAAGACACCAUUCGUGAUUCUGCUGCUCCUGAGAUGCUCAAAGAAACAACCACAGAUGACACGUCCGUUGCCCAACACGAAGAUACCGUGCGUACUACCGACGAGCAGGAAAUUACUACUUCGUCUCUACCUGGAGAGCCAACGCCAGACCCAGCUCAGUCUCAGGAGCAGCAGCAGUCCUCAGAGCCCGCAGAAGAAAAGCAGACAUCGUCCUCGAAGAAAAAGAACAAAAAGAAGAAGAAGAAGAGCCUGUCUUCUACUUCUGUGGAUGAGGGUCCCAGCACUGCCCCGCAGGAUUCCGUUAGCGAACAAGAAGUGGUCGACCCUCAAGCCAUCACGAUUACUGCUGAAGGGGCUGCUCCUGAUACUGCUGCUGCGGUUGGAGAGUCCUUACCUUCUGUGCCUGAAUCUGCUGAACCAAAGCCAGACUCUCCGGAGCCCGCCUCCCAGCACCCACCUGAAUCCACCACUGACACAGAUAUUAACUUUGAGCCAAAAGAAGUUGCUACUGCUCCGCCCUUUAUUCCUGAAUCCACCGAGCUAGAGGCAAAUGAGCCUGAAAGCCAAGAUAUACCGCCCACUGAUGAACAACAGGCUAAGCCAUCAAAGAAAAAGGUUAAGAAAGAUAAGAAGAAACGCAAGUCUGUCUCGUUUGCAGCUGAAGAAUCUUCAGAACAGCAAGGCGAAACUUCUGGUUCUCCUGAACGCACUGAGCCUGCAGUCAACGACUCAACAGAGGCUAUAGAGUUAGUAACAAAUGAUGCCCCUGUUGAAUGUGAGGCGCCCUCCGAACAAGUCACCGAACAAGUCACUGCAUCUCCCGAACCGGUUCCGGGAAACGAACCAGUCCUUGAGCAGAAUGAGCAACAAAUCCUCGAAGAACCUACAUCAAAUGACUCCCCCCUGGAUGAUGAUAGAGAGGUCUCUGCAGUUCAAGCUUCUGGGGACCUGCUCAAGGACGGACCUGAUAUUCCCAAAACCGAGGAACCAAAUUCCGCUUCACAGCUUGAACAAGUCGAGUCGAAAGCUAUGGAGCUGACUGCAGAGACAACCACACCAGAGACAGGACUCUCCAAGAAGGACAAAAAAAGGGCCAAGAAAGAGAAAAAGCGCCAAUCCAAGCUGCUCGCCCCGGAGAAAGAUACCGUACCAUCCACUCCAACGGAGCACGCUCUAGACUCCAAAAUACCGACCAACGAAGUUGCACCUGGCACAAGUGAAAUGAAGAUUGACGUACCCGCUGAGACGGCAUUCUCGCCUGCAGAAGAAGACGGUAAAGAUAAUCAGUCCCACGACACCGAAUCCCGCGGCGGCACCGAUAAAGAAUUGACUUGGACUGAUAACGAUGUGUCUUCGCAGGUAGAGAAAGAGAAGCAACACAUAGCCUUCCCGGUUCUUAUCCCCGAGAGUGAAUCUGAAAGUACCGAAGUCGACAAGGGGGCUAUCGAGGUCGAGCCUGCGCCUACUACUGCCGAUCCUGAAGUGGUAGAAGAGAGUCAACAGGACGCUGGCUUUGAAACGUGGGACGAUGCUAUGCUUGAAGGGCAAGACGUCAGUCAGAUUGAGGUGGUCACGGGUCUGGGAGAGGAAGUACAGAAUGAAAGUGAGCAGAAAGAAAAUUCAGAUGAUGCAACUGAUAAACUUGAAGAGGCGGAUCAAAAAGAACUCAAACAUAGUACUUUCGAAGCACUUGGGGCUGUCGAAGAGCGUUUGGAGGAAGCAAUCCCGGAACAAAUAACGGAAGCUGAGGCUGCUAAAGAAGCCGAACCCACUCAGUCCACGGAAAAUGUCGUCAGCGUAGAGUCUGCGACUGAGCCAGCUGUUCCUUCAAGAAAACUGAGCAAGAAGCAGAGGAAGAAACAACGACAAGCAGACAAGGCUGCUGCUUCGCAGGUGCAGGAGGAGACGGCGUCUACGGAGGAGGCUUCGGGCCCCCCCGAUUUAGCUACGAAAAACGAGACCAAGGUCGAUAGUUCAGUCUUUGACGGGGCCGAAAGCGACAUCAAGAUUACUGAAGAGCCUACUCUGCAGGAGGCAGCUGCGGAGGCCACUACCAGAGAUACUCUUGAGCCCCUAGACUUCGACACCACAGACCACGAGCUUGUCGAGCCUGCCUUUCCAGAAGCUGUCCAAGACACAGCCUUAGUGCUUGAGGAGACUGCUAGACCAGAGUCUUCAUGGGUCAGUGUCGACGAAAGCAAGCUCGACGCGGAGCUACCCGAAUUUGAUGCGCAACCCGUCGUUUCUGCACCCCCAGGCCCAGUCCACGAUAUAAGUACAUCUCCUGCCCCUGAAGAGAUCUACUCCUCUAAAGGGAAUCCUGUGAGUGCUACAGAGCCCGCUAUCCAGACCGAGAGGACAGGUGAAUCUUCAAAGAAUCAAGCACCAGAGUCUACUCCUUUAGAGCCAGCCGAACAAAAGGGGCAGCGAAAAACCGAUACUGCCAUUAAAAUGGGGCUACCUCAACUCGAAGGUCCAGUGCCAGCGCCUAUGGAAAAAGGCGAGUUUGAGGAGCAGCUGGAAGUCGUUCCUCAAGUGGAGGAAAAGGCUCCUCAAGUUGAAGCUCCAGAGUCAAUUCUCCUUGAAGCGACAAGGGAGAAUGAGCAACCUAAAACAUCGCUCGGAGAUCUUUCCCGAGAUAAGUCUCGCGAGGAGCCUCCUGCUGCUCUCGACGAGUCAGCUUUGACCCGGAAGGAGUCUAAAAAGAAAAAUAAGAAGGCAAAAAAACAGGCCAAGAAGCAAGAGCAGUUAGAAAGGGAGGUCACUGCUUCUGCUAUUGCAGAAACGAAGGUUGGGAAAGACGUUAAGGCAGCCGAUGCCGUUGAAGCUGAAUUCUCUGCGGUAGAACCUGUUGAGAGUGUCGAGCUACAUCAUGGAUCAACUAAUGAACCGACAAAUGAUCCAGCGAAAGGGGAUGAAGAAACGGAUAGGGCACCAGAAAAGCCGGUUCAGUGCGAAGUUAUCAGGGAGGAGCGGGAGGGAGUUCCAGAAGAUACUGAAAAGGAGCUAGAUGUACCGCGGGAGGAUAUCCGGGAGAAAAUGACAGUCGAAUCUGGAAAGGAGGCUUUGCGAGAAAAACGGGUGCCAGAGCUAGAGUUACAGACAGAUUCGGUUGAAGCUGUCGCAAAAACGGAAAGGAUGGCGGCUACUGCGGAAGAGAGUUGUGCCAUUGAGCCUGAGUCUGCGCCUGCUCCUUUGACAAGGAAAAUGUCCAAGAAGGAGAAGAAGAAGCUGAAGAAACAAGCUGAGAAGCAAGAGAGGGAAGACCCAGUUCAGACGAUGGACGCAGUCAAGGAUGAAUUCUCGGUCCCGCAGGCUGUGGUGCAGGUUCCUGAGGGAAAAGAAGAUGAGCAAAUGCUGGCAGAACCUGUGGAAGUCUUGAAAGGAAAGGUCUCGAUCCCAGGGUCUACACUUGGGCCAGAAAUGAUAGAAGAGCCCAAGACAGACUACUCGAGGGAAUUGGUGGGCGAGAGAAUUUCACCGACUAUAAAGUCAAUGGAGCCGAUUGCUGAGCCAAUCGAAGAGGAGGGUAUACCGCUUUCCAAGAAGAGCAAGGAAAACGUUGAAGAAUUACAGCUAGAAGACCAGCAGGCGGAGCAAGCCAGCCAACCUCGGAACCAAACCUCUCACACACCUCCCGAGCCGGUCGAAGCUCAAGAGACAGCCCGUGAAGAUGAAGACGCAUGGCCUGCUAUAGACUGGGACAAAGGUAAGAUUGACGCCACCGAUCAAUCUGCUCAAUCGUCCCCUGAAGCUCAUGCGGCUCCGUUUGUACCAGAGAUACCUGAGUUCAAGGAGUCUGCUAUUCCUGAGGCUCUUAUAGAGCGUGUGACUGGAAUUCCCGAAGAAGCAGCCAAAGAGGGCAAAGCCCAAGCGAUGACUGGCACUAUCGAGCGAGACGUGACAACAGUUGAAUUUAAUACGACUGGCACCGAUUCGGCCCUGCGGGCCCUACAUCAUGUAGAGUCUGCGCAAGGAAAGAAAGCGGAAGAGCCCAAGACAACGGUUCCAGUGUCAGACAAGAUUGCCAGCAUAUUUCCCAACCUCGAGCGAGGGUUCUUUCGCAGACCGAGCCCGAACCCGAGCCCGACUCAGUCGGUAAAAGAUGGGGCUGAGGAAGAGACCGGAAAGGAAGCGAGUCGCGAUAAUGCGAUCCAGGUCUUGGAGGCUCCUAUCGCUAAAAAUGGAAAGGUGCAGCCUGAAGUCAGGGAUAGCGGGUAUAUCCUCAGUCCUGCAGAUGAUGUCGUUGGUGCUGCUUCAAUAGAACUGCCAGCGAAGAUCGAAACAUCGGGUCCGCCAGAAAAUCUUGAACACGAGUCUAGGCAGGACACUACAUCAAAGCCAGCUCAAGAAGAUGAUGUCUUUGGGAUUGCAGCUACAAGGGAACUCCCCGCUAACAAACCUGAUAUUGAUAUGGAGCGGCCAAUCAAGGAUCCUCGAGAAGGGUCUCGGGAAGAGUCUCGAUCUAUUGCAGACCCAGUUUCAGAGUCCGGGUCUACGUGUGAGCUUCGUCGGUCGCCAUCGAUCCACGGGCGUCAUGUCCAGCAAGCACUACCUUGGUCUCUUGAGGAGUCCGCACAAGCCCGCCGCGAACGAGAUAUCUCGCCCAGUCCCCUUCCGCCGAUUGCGGAACAGGAACAUGAGCGAGCCAUGGGACGGGACGGUACGCCCCGGCUGGAGAUGAAACCCGAACAUGUCCUCCCGCGACCCGAAACACCAGUCAGAAAAUUCACGGAGAAUGCGCUGGGCCGGCGCGCAUGGCCUACGCCUGAGAACGAGUCCGACGACGAUUGGGAGAAGGUGCAGAAGCCUAGCCCCAAGAACCUCUCUCCGGAGCGAGGGUUACGAGGAAUUCUCAAAACCCCCGAGCAAGACAAACCAGUUCUUCGACCAAGCAGGCCGCCGAGCGCCAAAAGCAGCACGCACUCGCUGCGACGGGUCGUGCACAGUGCCAGUGGAGAUCUGCGCGCAGCAGCACUUGCAGCGAUUGUUGCGGCCGAUGAGCCAGCUCCAGACAGCACCAACCAAUCACAGGCGGCCAUCCCCCAGCCUCCAGCUCGAGCCCCCACCGACCUGGACGUCGGCGAGAUCGCAUCUUCCUCCUCUUACGACCCCAUCAGAGACAAGGGCAAAAAGCCCCUCCGCAGCAUGACGGACGUCUAUGAGGGCUGGGGUGAGACGCCGAGUUCCCCCCGGUCGCCUAGCCGACCGGCCAGUGUCCGGCACCGCCGAAGUAUGCAACACCUCCAAGAGCUUGAAUUCCGACUCGAACAUCUACUGCAAGAGAAUCGCGACCUUGCUGCCGCUCGCGACGCCGCCGAAGACAAAUUACGCAAUGCCAGCCUCGCUCGUCGGAAGAGCGACCAGGCGCUUAAUAAUCGCGACGCUGACCUGCGCGAUCGCGAAGCGGAGCUCGAACAAUUACAACAAUCUGUCGAAUGGUUCCAAAAGGAGGUCGCUCGACUAAAUGAAGAAAACGCCGGGCUCACCUCAACAAAUGCUGCCCUUAUUGCCACUCAUACGCAAGAACUCCAAACACUGCGACAGAGCUCGGCGCGCGAGAUCGAGCAGUUGCGAUCGCAAAACGAACGUCUGUCCGUCGACCUGCACGAACGCAUUAAAGCAGAGAUCGAAACGGCGCUGUCCCAGAAGAAUGCUGAACUACGCCGGCUGCGCGAGGAGCUGGAGAGCGCGCGCGAUAAAGUCAAGGAACUCCAACAGCAGAUCUCUGCCCAGAUGAACGACAAUGUCAUCGCGUUCCGAGGGGAAGACUACUUUGAGGCCGCAUGUCAGAAACUCUGUGGCCAUGUGCAGCAAUGGGUUCUGCGCUUCUCGAAGCAUUCCGACCACCGUCGCUGCCGCAAACUUAUUGAAAUCAAGGAUGAGAAGAUAGCCGACCGGUUCGACAAUGCUAUCCUUGACGGGUCCGACACAGAUGCCUACCUUGCUGACCGUGUCCGUCGACGCGACGUCUUCAUGUCUGUCGUCAUGACCAUGGUGUGGGAAUUCGUCUUUACACGCUACCUGUUCGGAAUGGACCGCGAACAGCGCCAGAAACUCAAGUCGCUCGAAAAACAGCUCAUCGAAGUCGGCCCGCGCAGUUCCAUCCACCGCUGGAGAGCCACAACUCUAACCCUGCUAUCCCGUCGACAAGCCUUCGCAAAACAGCGUGACAGCGAUACUGAAGCGGUCGCGCUCGAGAUUUUCGACACUCUCUCCCGCCUUCUUCCUCCACCCACCCCCGUCGAAUCACAGCUCCUCGACUCCCUACGCAAAGUCCUUCGUGUGGCUGUCAAUCUCUCUAUCGAAAUGCGCACUCAGCUUGCAGAAUACAUCAUGCUACCUCCGCUACAGCCUGAAUACGACACGAACGGGGACCUCGCCCGCCAGGUCUUCUUCAACGCAUCCCUCAUGAACGAGCGCAGCGGCGAAACUACAUCCAACGAAGAGCUGCAAGCGCAAAACGCCGUCGUCCGCGUUGUUUUGUUCCCCUUGGUUGUGAAGAAGGGCAAUGACACCGGCGAGGGAGAGGACGAGGUUGUUGUCUGCCCGGCUCAGGUACUCGUGGCGAGACCAGGCAAAGACAAGCGACUUAACAGAAUGACUAGUAGCGACCGCAUGUCUAUUGACGCCAGUCGCUCGGUGCAUAGUAUUGCGCCCUCGAGCAUGAAUAUGAGCAUGAGUAACGUGAUCUAG